AUGAACUCCAUCCCUAUUGAUAUCAGUUUCGAGAUAUUCUCGAGAUUGUGUGCGAAGUCAAUCGCAAGGUGUCGCUGCGUGUCAAAGCUAUGGGAUUCAAUGCUUCAACGUCCAGAUUUCAAGGAGUUGUUCUUGACCAGGUCCUCGUUUCGUCCACGUUUAUUAUUCGCCCUCGGUGGAUUUGGAGAACGUGAUGAGUUUUUAUUCUUCUCGUCGCCACAUCAUCAGAUUCCUUCUGAGAAGUCAUCUCCUGAGAUAUCAGCCGAUUUCCAGAUGAAGCUCCCAGGAAAAAUGUCUCCAGACAUGUGGAGUUAUGCCUCUGGUUUGAUGUAUUUCCCUAAUAUGUGGAACGCAAAGAAGGGUGAAGAUAGAGUGAAUGUGAUCUGUAACCCUAGCACAGGACUGUGUGUGGAUUUGCCUCAACUGGACUUGCCCCAACUGAGAACGGACAGCCACUCGAGAAGCUUUUUAGGGUUUGAUCCGAUUGACAAGCAAUUCAAGGUACUGUUCAUGGCUUAUCCAUCUAGAGUCCUGACAUUAGGACCGGGAAAAAUGAGUUGGAGGGAGAUCAAAUGCUCGUUGACUCAUAGUAUCUCUCGUGGCAGAGGGAUAUGUAUCAAUGGCGUUUUGUAUUACUUAGCGGUACGAGAUGAUAAUAGGUCUUAUGUGAUAGUUUGCUUUGAUGUUCGGUCAGAGAAAUUCAAGUUUGUUGACGGAAAAGAAUUUGUUUGGUGGCAUCAAUUGGUAAACUAUAAGGGUAAAUUAGGUGUGAUCAAUAAACACUGGAGGUGGGAUGACAAUAGUAUUGUAGGGAGUACCAUUAAUCUGAGUAUGUGGAUUCUAAAUGAUCUCGAGAAACAGGAAUGGUCGGAACAUGCCUACACUAUGAGGGGUGGUGAAAUCCGCUUUGAUUCCGACGUUGGAGUGACUGUUAACGGUGAAAUCGUUUUGUUGUCUCCUCAUCAUUACCGUGGAAGGUUUUGUGUUUUCUUCUUCAAUCCCGAAACGCACACUCUCCAAAGUGUUGGAUUCCGAGGUCAACAUGAAGCGUUAGCCAAUCCUAGAGAUAGAACUGUUUACGCCUUUGUAAACCAUGAAGAGGAUCUUGAGUUUAAUUUUAUGAAGACAACAUAUGCUGCAACAUCAGUUAACCCUCAACUUCGUACUAGGUUUGAGAGCAUUAACAAAUUUGAUGCGCUGUGUCUUUCAGAUGAUGACUAA